AUGGGUAACUCAGAGAUGAGCAAAGAGGAGAGCAGAGCUUUGCCGAGCGCUGAGCGUGGGUUUGUGUGCCUGGGCUGUGUGACCUGCAUGGGCACGGCUCGGGAUGGAGCCAGGGGUGCUGCGGGCUCACACUUGCAUUCCACGCCUGAUCGCCUUCCAAAGGGCAUUCCUCGACCUGCAGCUCUUCAUGCAAAGUCAGAGACGAACCCUUUUGUUUUGCGAGACCGCGGGGUAAACAUCUCGGCCUCUGGGGCCCCGUCUGUGGGAAUUCUCACACGGGGGGUGCUGCUGCCCCCUGGCCUCCUCCUCCUCCUCGUCCUCCUCCUCCUCCUGGCAGCAGAAGAUUGUCUGGCUCAGUGUGAUAAUGACUGCAAAGCCUACUGCUGUGAUGGGACUACUCCCUACUGCUGUUCAUAUUAUGCCUACAUUGGGAAUGUCCUUUCAGGCACAGCAAUAGCUGGAAUUGUUUUUGGCAUAGUGUUUAUAAUGGGAGUGAUAGCUGGGAUUGCCAUCUGUAUCUGCAUGUGCAUGAAGAGCAACCGUGGGACCCGAGUAGGGGUCAUCCGGACCACGCACAUCAACACCAUCAGCACGUACCCAGUGGCUCCACCACCAUACAGUUAUGAAUUCGAAAUGGAGUACCCAGCUGACCUACCUCCACCUUAUACUCCAACCCCACAGACUUCAAUACAGUAUCCCCCUCCCCCUCCAUACCCUGGAUAUACAGGGAAAUAA